UAACCGUGAUGCACCAGCGUCACCCUGCGAUGUGGUAAACGUGAUAGUUUGUGUAGUUUCGACGUCGACUUUCUGUCGGAAAUUGGCUUAAAAUGGAUAGAAGAAUUGGCAAAAAAAAGCCAUUUCAUGGCCAGACACAGCAACGAACUGUUGGACUUACUACUUUCCAUCUAAGAAAUAGAAAAGCCGCGAGAGAAGGUAGCUUUAAGAAGAAAGAUUUGAGACAAAAUCUUGAAAAGAAAGUCGGCUUGAAGUCACAAAACAGGACUACGAAGUUUGACGCUCGGGAGAAGAUUUUGAGUAACAGAUCUGUUGAAGAGCUGCCCAAGAAAACUAGCCUACAUAUGGAUGCUCGCAGGAAAGAGUCGAGAUCGGACAUAAUUGCCAAAAAUCGUUCUCUGACGUUAGAUGGAGAAUCAAUUAGAAUUACAGCAAAACAGAACGUACCGCCAAGUAGGUCUGCCCAGUUCGCUGGACAAUCCAUCCAGAUUACUGCAAUUGCGACUAAAACCAAAUCAAAGACGACAACUACCCCUACAUCUAGAACUCCUACUUCUAGGAACCAACGCGAAACUCCUAGAAGCAGCCGAAGAGGCCAGAAUGCCAGGAGAAAGGAGAUCAAACUUCAAGUCAAUAAGCCCUAUACACCAGCAGAAAACAUCAUAGAGCUUUCCCCUAUACGACCUGUAACUUCUACACCAUUUGACAGGUUAGAUACUUAUGAGGUACCUUCCACAACGCCGCAGACCUCAACUAGAGUUACAAUAUCCAAUCUUCACCCUGCAGUUUCACGGCAAGAUAUUGAGGAGUUGUUUGGUGCCAUUGGGGUGUUGAAGAGUUGCAAGAUGCUGCGAGCUGGUAUGGCCGAGGUAGUGUAUACCACUAAAGAGGAUGCUGUCACAGCUUAUGCUCGUUAUCAUAAUAGGAACCUGGAUGGACAGCCGAUGCAGUGUAAGCUGUCUGUCAUGCCAUCCUCCGCAGUAUACACCCCUCCCAGUGCCAUGCCGCUACCUCCGCUCCGCCCAGCGGUCCCUAAAUACCAACCUGUUGUCAAACAAGAACCAUACAUUCCUCAGAUCGGAAUGCCAAGUGCAAAGCCAUCACGCCCAGUGGUUUUCAAAGUUAAGAUUUAAAGUUAUGAUGGAUUCAUGGGAACUUGUUCUGAAAGCAUUGAAAUAACAUACCUUUUUCUAUACAACAAAUAACAGUGCUCCAGGAAUUAUCUAGAAAAAAUGGUUUUAUUGAACUGCAGUAUAAUUUCUUUUAGUAUUGUAGGACUAAUAGUUAGUCAUACAGUGUAAAUUAUUUGCACCAUAAAAGCAAAGUGCAGUUAAAGACAUUGGACAGAUUGUAUACACUGCUGUAUAUAUGUUAGCUUAUAUACUUGGUACUAUUGUAUCAGGACCCACAGUUGGAAUACUGGUAUGCAUACAAGUUUUGUUGUGCUAUAUUCAAAAGAACAUUUUAGAAAUGAAUAAAAAGUUCACAGAUCA